AUGUCUGCGAAAAUCUACACCUCCCCCGACCCGUCUGUGCCUAUUGUGAGCCGCUCCAUUUUCACCCAUCUCCUAGCCAAGGAUGGCGAUCUUGUUGGAGGACACCCAGCUAGCCUACCGGCAUUCGUGGAUUCCGCGUCGGGAACAACAAUAACGCGUGCACAAUUGAGGUCUCUUGCUCUUUCUCUGGGUUACGCCCUACGGAACCAUCCAAAGAUCGGCGCGAAGCGGGGGGAUACCGUUCUCGUCUACUCCCCGAAUUCUCUAGCGUGGCCUGUUGCCGUCUUCGGGUCUAUAUCUGCUGGACUACGAACAACCUUUGCGAAUAACGGAUAUACGAGUCGUGAAUUGGCUCACCAAUACAGGGAUAGUCGUGCCAGCUAUGUCUUCACAACCGAGGAAGGCUUGCCAACUGUCAGGGAGAUGUUCAAGACCAUUGGCAUCGGAAGCGCAGGCGAAGAGAAGAUCCUGUUAUUAAGUAGCAGUUUAUCCUGGGCAGGCGGACCCGAUGCCUCGCGGAGUCCUCGCACCGCAGGCUUGCUAAGGAUGGAGGAUUUGUUGUCGCUGGGGCAGCUGAAGGAGGAAGAAAAGUUUGAAGGUGACCUUGCUCAGGAGACCGUUCUGUUGUGCUAUAGCUCAGGAACUACUGGAAAACCCAAGGGUGUUGAGACGACACAUCAAAAUCUGACAUCUGUAGUUGACAUGUCCAACUUGGCCUUAAGCUAUAUCGCUGGAGGGCCAAUACUGGGUGUUCUUCCUUUCUACCACAUAUAUGGAGCCGUCGAGUUGCUACUAUUCUGUGCCAACAUCGAACGGUAUAAAAUCAAACUCGCAUUGAUCGUCCCGCCGAUAAUGGUCGUCUUAGCCAGACAUCCGGCUGUUGAGCAAUACGAUCUGACGUCCCUGAAAGUGCUAGUUUCAGGUGCAGCACCUUUGGGGGCAGCAUUGACGAAACAGGUCAACGACCGACUCCGUUCGAGGAACACGAACUGUGCUAUUGUACAGGGCUAUGGUCUGACGGAAACCUCUCCUAUGACGCAUCUUCUCCCACCGCAAGACGCCGAGAGGAAGAUGGGUAGUAUUGGCAUUCUUUUGCCGAAUCUCGAAGCCCGACUGGUCGACGAAAGUGUGGACGCGGCGGAAGGCCAACCAGGUGAACUCUGGGUACGAGGACCUACUGUUAUGAAGGGCUAUUUGAACAAUGUCGAGGCGACCAACGAGGACUAUAACGCCGGAAGGAUGAUAGACGGAAAGAACUUAUCAAGUACAAGGGUUUCCAAGGCAAGCGCAACGCUACUAAUGAGAACGUUCACUAACCAAUGCCUUACAGUCCCUCCGGCUGAGCUGGAAAGCGUACUGUUAAGCCAUCCUGAUAUCGCAGACGCAGCUGUAGUUGGAGUAUACGAUGCAGAAGAAGCUACGGAACUACCCAGAGCUUAUGUCGUCCACGCCAAACCUCACAGAAUAAGUACCGACAUCGAGAAGCAUACUUUCUCGCGAGACGUAUCUUCGUGGAUACAGACGAAGGUGGCGAGACACAAAUUCUUACGAGGCGGCGUCGCUGUCAUCGACAUUGUACCUAAGAGCGCGGCCGGAAAAAUUCUUCGUCGAGAGCUACGCGAGCGUGCGAAGGCUGAAGUAGAGAAGCCUUCGAAGGCGAAGUUGUGA